UCUUAUAUUCAUUGGCGUUUGACAAAACACCUGACCGAGAUGACCGUGUGAUGUGUUUACAAACAUUUGUUAUCUGUAAAAAGUAGUUUCGUAUAGUUUUAUUUUAAUAAUUUAUUAUGGCUGGAGAAGUGAUCGUCGAUGCGCUACCGUAUAUCGACCAGGGAUACGAUGAACCUGGCGUGCGAGAAGCGGCACUGGCGAUGGUAGAUGAAGAGACGCGGCGUUACAGACCGACAAAGAAUUAUCUAGAACAUUUGCAGCCUCUGAAUAUAACCGCGUUCGAAACAGAAGUAAUGAAACACGAGUUCGAGAGAAUGCAGAAUCGUUUGCCGAUGGAAGUUCUUAGUAUGAAACGUUACGAGUUGCCACCACCUCCAUCUGGCAAGCUCAAUGAUUUAGCAGCAUGGAACGAGAGUGUGCAAAACAGUAGUGCGCAGUUGGAGCAUCAAGCCACUAGAAUCUGUAAUUUAGAAUUAAUGAUGGACUAUGGCUGCGAAGCGUGGAAAUCUUAUUUGGAAGUAUUGGUUCAACUGGUGGGGCAGGGUCAAAAGCAAUUGCAAGUAUUGAGGAAAAUGAUUCAAGAGAUUAAUUGGCAGAGAAAGUCGAUGCAGACUCAAGGAGGUGAUAAACUGAGAGCUCUUGAAGCACAGUGGGUUGGUUUGGUGUCCAAAAAUUAUGAGAUUGAGCAAGCCUGUGUACAUUUGGAGGAGGAAAUACAGAAAAUUAUGAUAAGUAAAGAAGCUGUGGAAAUUAAUGAUGUACCAGCGGAGGAAGGGCCUGAUGUACCGGAAAAAAGUGCCACAGAAACAAUGGCAUUACAAAUGGAGCAGCAAGAAAAUCAGGAUACUUAACAUAAUCUAAAUUGUAUAUAAUUAUUAAGUAAAAAAUUAAAUAAUGCAUAGAGAUAAAUUGAUAAUGGUUUCACAUUCACAUUUUAAUAUUUAUAAACGCACUAGACUUUGAUAAUAAAGCACAAUUUAUUACAUUGUUGUUUACACAUA